GUAAACUGCGUCCCCCAUUCUAUUUCUAGUGUUCCAUGGACGCAACAUUCUAAACGCGCUGGAAAUUCCAGUGUUUUUCACACACUGGCUCAUUAGCAAAGUUACAUUUUCUGCUGCUACAUCUGAGUUUAAAGAUUGCAAUAAUUACUGUAUGAAUUGGCUAACAAGACUCGGUCAUGUCUAGAAGAAGUGCAAGGCUUCUUAAUGGAGGGUACUAUGACCAGUCCUCUGAUGACGAAUCCUCUGGCUCCAUUGUCUCCUACAAGGAAAGCCCUGUGCCUAGGGUAUUCAACAAGAGGAAAAUGAGAACUGGGGGCCAUAAGGGAAUCCAAAAUCCAAAUCGGCCAAUCAACGGCGAUGAAUUAAUUGGCAUGGUGCCAACUGUGAGGGCUGUCCAGAGAAGGCAGACCUUCCUGUCUCCUACUGUGGUCCCUGUUCCUGUGACCCCCGCUGCCUCUGUGUCCCUGCAGCCCAGCAUGAGCUCCUCCAGCAUUGGCUUCACCAGAAUUGACAGCUCUGGCUACUGCUCUGAUUCUGAGGAGCCACUGAGGGCUAAGCCAUGCCCCAGCGGGAUAGGCACUAGGGCCAGCGCUAGCUGCAGCUGGUCAUGUUUCCCGAAUGGUUUGCCAUCCUGGUUUGUCAUCUUCCUCCUGCCUGUUCUCCUGACCUUCCUAUUUGUCUUUCCGAUCGUGUUCCCCACCAUGAACCUCAGCCUUCCAAUGAACCGCCCGACUCAACCUGACUCUCCACUCGACCUGACUCCAAAGGCUACGUAUGGAAGUCCUAUCAUGGAUUCAGCUCUCAAAAACAAAAUGGACACCAUCCAGAGAGAGAUUGAGAUCCUUAAAAAGAAAGCACACCAGCACCAAGGCAUUUCCCAGCAGAUGGUACAAAGACUGAAUAUAGACAUGAGGGAAGUAAGGAGCGAGAUUAACAACGUCAGAGAGAAAGUGAACAGUGUCUCUAUUUCUGUCUCUGCUGCCGGAGAGCGUCUGGCCCAGGAUGCUGCAGAGUUCAGCAGCAAGAUGUCUGAUUUCCAAGAGGAACAAUCCAUUACCACACAGCUGGUCAGAGCCCUGGAGGACACCAGUGAUACGCUGCAGCAACAGGUGACCUUCAUUCAAAACCAUCCCCCCCCUGCUCCCACACCAGAAAACAUACACAUGACGCCUGCUUUUAAAGAGGCCAUGGAGAAAUGGCUGAGUGACCGACUGGCCCAGAAUGAGAGAUGGGACGUGAAACAGCUGAUAAAGGAUUGCAGUCGUCCAUUGGCGGACCGACUGCCUGACUUUGCCUUGGAGUCUCAAGGUGGCAGUAUUGUAACCAGCAGAUGCUCUGAGACGUAUCAGACCCGUUCGGCCUGCGUGAGCUUCCUGGGGAUUCCCCUGUGGUAUCCUGCAGAGACCCCCCGGACUGUCAUCCAGGGCCAGCAGGUGCUGCCUGGCAAGUGUUGGCCGUUUCCUGGGGCCCAGGGCACUAUGACCAUUGCCCUGUCUCACCCCAUCCACGUGACCCACGUCUCUCUGGAGCACCUCUCCACUGCAGUCUCCCCUAAUGGGCGCAUCGACAGCGCCCCCAAGGACUUUGCCAUCUACGGAAUGUCUACUGUCGGCGAAGAGGGAUCACUGCUCGGAAUGUUUACAUAUGACCAGGCUGGAGAUCCCCUACAGACGUUCGAAUUGCCUAACCCUACCGCAGUGUAUCGGUAUGUGGAGCUCCAUGUCCGCAGCAACUGGGGUCACCAGGACUACACCUGUGUGUACCGCUUCCGGGUUCAUGGCAAGAUGUCUUUCUUUUGAGGGCGAUCGGCUAUCCAUCUCAACCCCUGUGUUUGUGUGUGUCCACCCCAACCCUAGAAUUUUCAUUUUCAUACUGGAGCAUAUAUUUUGCCUCUAAAUAAAAUCUCUAUUGGGCAGUGUUUUGUAUGGGUUUGGUCACAAGUUGGAACUGAGUGUAAUGAUGGUGGCCAUAUUGUAUUCCCAAUAGAUUUGAAUUACACCAGAAUAGUUGUAAAUGUCAUAAGUGUAGUACACAAUUCUAAAAGAUGUAUCUUAUUUGCAAAACUCAUAUUUACAGAUGAUUAAACCCCCAUCAAAUGCUAUUAUGGCAGCCUUAUUGGAUUUGGAGAAAAUUCCAGGGUGUCCCCCAAGGGUCAAUAACCCUCUAUGCCCUGAAAUACACUAAGGAGUCCUUUGACUGAAAUAAAAACAUUACUUUUCUGUUUCUGGGGCUGGACCCAGAAACUUGGAACGUUGUCUUUUAACCAGCUACCAAAAAUUGAAGUCUACAUUCGUUAAUAUUUCCGCCUGUUGUUUCCGUGUUAACAGGUUGUUAUUUCCACAAUGCAUCAAGAUAUCCUUUUUUCUGUUUGUGUAUGUAGGGCAGCCAGGCAAUAUUCUGCACUCUUUGGGUGCGUUCGAGCAGUAAGGCUAACGAAGAUGACUGUAGACAAGUCAACGAGUGAAUUCAGAGGAAGUGCGUAUGCGACGUACGAAAGUCAGACAGUGUUGUGGUCAUAGGGAAAGAGGCCUUUAGUGGCCAAAAGGCCAUAUUAUCCUAGGCGGAGUCACUGAGGGCUUCCACCAUCUUAAUGUAGUCAACUGGGUGGGACUUUCAACUUCAUUGGCUGAUCCCUCCUGGUGACCCUGUUGGAGGGAUCAGCCAAUAUUGAAGAAGAAUGUCAAAAUGGAGAUUCCUUCAAUGGCUCUGGCCAUGCUGUAACAGGUGCUAUAAUGGCACAGAUACGAAGAUGAGUGCCCUAUCUCCAUGGUUGUGGUUUCCCUACAGCAAGGCUCUAUGCAACAUGGCAGUGUUGCCAUUAAUAAAAGUUUUUAUUAGAAUGUCAAAAUAAACAUGUCUCCAGCCCCCCAUAUCACACCCUCAAACAGUAAAUAUGUGUUUACAUUGUACCUUUGA